GGGUAAGUCUACGUGGUGAGGAGGUGGAACACACUUACCGUUGUACUGAUAUUUCGCCAUGGAUGAUUACCCAAUGUUUGCACUCCUCUUUCUGUCCGUCAUAUGGCGGCCCCUUUUGCAAUUAAUUUUUCCGUUGGGAUUCCACCGGACCACUAGGAUGACCGUGGUCACAAAGUCCGGCAAAGUCACUAAGCCAUACACAGCGGAGGAACAGGCGAAAAUAGAUCGGCGAUUGAAAGAGAAGAAGGAGGAGAAAGCAAAGAAGAUGGAGGAAGAGUUGAAGAAGAAGAUGGAGGAAGAGAAGCGGAAGAUAGAAGAAGAGAUGCGGAAGCAGCUGGAAGAAGAAAAGAAAAAGAUUGAAGAAGAAGAGGAGAAGUUGGAGUUGUGUGUGCAAGCCGGAGAACAGGGUAUGGUGGAGUACGUGCUUCCCAGGGCAGAAGAAGCAGGAUGCAGUUAUGAGUCCGCCCUGAAAUUGGAUCAAGAGGAUGCUGCAAUUUGGGCCGCUCAUUUUGACUUUGAGCCGGAGCGGCCUGAAGAUGAAACGAAGGAGGAAAUCGAGGCAUUUGAAGCGCAGCUGCAGCUGGUUGAUGAAGAGGAGUGGGCAAUAAUGAUAGAAGAGAGGGAGACGCUGAUCAAAACAAGGCUGGCCGCACAGAAAAGGAGAGAAUAUGGAGAGAAGAAGAGAUUGAAGGAGGAGGGAGAAGCGAUCAAUGAGAGGACAGCCACAUACGCAGUCCAGAUAGAGGAGCUGGCUGCAAAGAAGAUAGCCCGUACCAUCACCGAAGAGAGGGCCUUGAGCGGAAGUGGAAAGGUCGUGGGAGGAGGAGAGCCGAUCAAGAGGGAGAAGAUCAAAGUGAAGCUCCCUGACACGUAUUUUGGGAAGAAAGAGGAAAAUUUUGAUCGUUGGGAGUCGACAGUCCAAUCGUACGCGUACGCCCAAUGUAUCCCGGAGGAAGACAAAGUUCUGAUGGCUCAUUCGUGUCUAGGAGGCGCUCCUGCGGAUUUCGCAUUGUCGCUGGCUAACGCAGCAGGCUGCGGUCAUGAUAUGGUGGCUUACUCGAAGAGAACCGCUCUCCGUACCUUCCUAGAUGCGCUGCCCAACCGCUUCGAAGACAAGACUAAAGCCAUGAGGACCGCUGACAAGCUUAACAACAUCCAUCUCCGAAAAUGGAAGAGUGUGUCGGCCUUGAAGGCCACGAUGGAUGAGCUGUUACAGACCCCAGAUCAUGGACUGACUCCUGAGCAAAUUCUGAACAACUUUGCCAGAGCUCUCCCCGAUCCCAUCAAGAGCAACCUCUAUGCUAAGGUCAAGGAGGAUGGAAUGACCUACGACCAAUUUAGCAAGAUGGCGGUGGAUCAGGCUGGAUUUCUCCAAGAAGCAAACUGUCAUUGGUACAAAGACUUGGAGAAAGGAAAGCAUUGGAAAGGUAAGACUAUUGCGGGAAGUAUUACGGGCAAGGACAACCUAGUAGUGACGUUUGAAGAAGGAGGUUGUGAGGCCCUAACUUAUGAUCAAAUUGAGUAUGGAUUGGAUGAGGGCAGUGGUGAAGUCCAGGGAGGUGAUUUCGCUGCUGUAGUCCGCGGGGGAGGACGAGGAGGAAGAGGCGGCCGAGGUAGAGGAGGCCGUGGUUGGGGUGGAAGAGGACGUGGCUAUCAGGGGGAGUGCAGCAAUGGAGGCUGUGCAGAGGGAGGUAGGGGUUAUGGACCCCCACAAGGUAGCACCGGCUGAGCCCCCCAACAUCAAGGCGGGGGUAGAGGAAAUUACAACCUC